AUGACGGAAUCCGUGUCGGCUGGGCCUGCGCACUGGGCUGGUGACACGGCGAGAUGGGCUGACGAAAAGUUUAGGUUGAGAGUUCGAGUCCCGCCUUCGGCCGCGAAGCGUUUGGCGUCGUCGCUUCGACGACACAACUGCGUAGAUUCAUUCGGUUGUAGCUUUUUUAUGGAGGACAAAGUCCUCUCAUCUCUGUUUGUAUUCAACCUGAGAGGACGUUGGGUUUUGUGCAGUAACCAGCUAUAG